GUGAAAGGCGCUACUGUGUCUGCAGCGCCGUGUGAGAGACUGCAUUCACACAGCCGCUUCCUGUGGGCGAGGAAUGUGCAGCUGGCAGCGAAUGAAUGCGUGUGUGGGGCUGGGGCUGGGGCUGGGGCUGAGCGGGGCCGGGCGAGGCUGAUACCACAGAUCCGACCCUCCCAGCGCCGAUCGGGCGUCCACAGCGGGGAGCGGCCGCGGCGAUGUCUCGCACAGUCGGGGGCGAGGAGUGAGCGGCGGGAAUGGACGAGACCGUCCGGAUCAUGGAGGAUCUCAACCUGUUGUACAUUCGCCAGAUGGCCCUGAGCCUGCAGGACUCUGAUUUCCAGAAGAAGAUUGACUAUGAAAUCCGAAUGCGGGAUGGGGCCUGCAAACUCCUAGCAGCAUGUACUCAGAAGGACCAAGCACUGGAAGCAGCAAAGAGCCUGAUGAUCUGCAAUGCACGCAUCACGUCCUACAUGUCCCAGGUGCAGAGGAUGAAGGAAGCUCAGGUGAUGCAGCGGCGGACAAGGCGAUCCUCAGAUGCUGGCCUCCUUGAAGAUCGUUUGCCAUGCAAGGGGACGGUUAGUAUAUCAGAUUUUCGAAUUCCUUUGAUGUGGAAAGACACUGAGUACUUCAGAAAUAAAGGAGAUGUUCAUCGUUAUGCAGUGUUCGGCUUGAUGCAGAUUGGUUGCGACAUUUAUGACACAGAGAUGGUGAUAGUGGAUCGCACCAUGACUGAUAUUUGCUUUGAAAGUGCUGUUGUGUUUCCUAGUGUUGGACCUGAUUUUGAGCUGAAGGUGGAGUUUUACAGCUGUUGUAUGGACGAGGACUUCUCCAUUACCAGUGGGCCAAGAAAGUUUGCAAGCAAGCUGAGCAGCUCAUUGGGCCGUUCGUCAGGAAGGAGGGUUCGAGCUGGGCUGGACGUUGCUGGAGAGAGUUCUGUGUCUAAUGGUGGCUCCAGUCCCAUCUUAUUGCCAACUUUGCCUGUUGGGGGGCCAAAAUAUCACCUUUUGGCUCACAUCAGCCUCCCCCUUGCAGCUGUCCACAGCGGCUUCCGUACGCACAGUCUCAGAGUUGUCGGAAAUGAGGAAUGCUCCUUUUGGCUGCCUCUCUACGGCAGUAUGUGUUGCCGCCUUGCUGCCCAGCCUCGGUGUAUGACACAGCAUGUGAUUACAGGCUUUUUAAACCUGCAGCAGCUGGUUGGGGACCUGCACAACUGGACCAGGGUGUUCUGCGUUUUACAAGGAACAAAUCUCUUAUGUUAUUAUUCACCGGAGGAAGUGGAGGCCAAGGUAGAGGCUGCCUUCACCAUUGCAAUAAACAAGAGCAACAGGAAAAGAGCCAAGAGAAAAUCUAACUGCAUCUCAAUCACAAAUCAGUUUGCGGGUGAGGAGGUGACACACACCCUGGUCACCGACUCUCUGGAGGAGAUGCACAGGUGGAUGGAGGCUUUCUGGCAGCACUUCUAUGACAUGAGUGCGUGGAAACAGUGCUGUGAUGAAUUGAUGAAAGUUGAAUCUGCAUCUCCCCGGAAACUGCCAGUAACAAUCUCCAAGAAGGGAGCUUCCCUGUACCACGAGACUGUUAUUGACUCCCCAGACGACAUCGACCCUGCCCCAGACACACCAAGCAGCCUAGUUCAGACAGGUGCCAGCCGCAGAGAUGGAACCUUGCCCCCCUGGUACGCACUUUUUGAAAACUCCCAGAAGAGAGUGUGUAGAGGUACUUUGUUGGAUGGCAGUGUGGUUUCAGAGAGAGACGGUCUCUGCACGGACUGGAUCCAACGUCACACAUUCACAGUCCAACCCAUGGAUAAGGACUGGAACUCCCAGGAUUUCUGCACUGGAGAGAGUCACUUUUCCAGGCCACGGACUCGCUCCUUGGACGCCAAACUUAUGAGCUUGAAGUGUCAAGCACAAAGGACAGAAGCUCUAUCCAACAAACGCGCUGCACUGUUGUCCACGAGCUCCACGCAGACCUCCAGUGCAGACAGCAGCCCUGAAGCCCGAAUAAAGCCCUUCUCACAACAAGCCUCUGAGCAACAGGGGUGGCGAAGUUCUCGGUGCAGGCUGCACACCAGCACCCCACAGCAGACACAAGUCUAACUGAGAAAUCAACACAAGUGUUGCUUGUAAAGGAUAUCCUGGGAGCAUGACUCCAUGGCACAGUUCUUGAGGAGUGUGAGUGUCCAGAGGGGAAGGUUGGCAGAGAGGAUCUGUGAGGGUUGAAGGGAGUUAGAGAACACAAGAAAUUGGUCCUGGCCCCAAGUCUGCCCCAUCAUUUACCUGCCACCGUCUUCCAACUCCACCCCAACUCACCUCCCCACCUGGCUCCACUCCUCCUCAGCCCACCAAUCGCCUCAGAAUCCUUUCUCGCCACCCCCCUGGCCACUUCCCCUCUCCACCCCCAGCCCUGAUGCAGGGUUUCAACCCAAAAUGUCGACAAUUCCUCUCCCCCCACAGAUGCUGCUCAACCCACUGAGUUCCUGCAGCAGAUCGUUUGUUGCUCCAGAUUCCAGCAUCUUCGGUGUCUGGUGUCUCCACCACUCAAUGAGGUCUUGGCUGGUCUACGCUGGACUCAACUCCUGUGUCUGUUCCCCAUAACCCUCAACUCGAUCUUUCAAAUAUUUAUCCAUCUCCACCUUAAAUCUAUUAACUGAUCUGGCCUCCACCACCCUCUGCAAGGAGAAAUUUCUACAUACCUCGAUUUUAAUGUCCUCGUCACAACGUAUCCUUCCACCUAUUUCUGUAUCAUCGGCAAACUCGGAGAGCUCACAUUUUGUUCCCUCCUCCAAGUCAGUGAUGUACACAGUAAACUAAUCCUUGGGGUGCUUCUCUAGUCACAUCCCUCCAGUCUGAGAAAGGACCUAUUUAGUCCAAUUCUCUGAAAGUUUUUAAUCCAUGCUAACACUUCUUCCAAUAUCUUGGGCUUUCAAUUUAUGCAACAGCCUCUUAUGUGGAACUUUGGAAAUUUAACUACAUCUACAGGUUCCCCUUCCAUGGGAGUACUUGCAUGGGUUUUGGACAGGUUUGUCCCAUUGAGGCAGGGUAAGGGUGGUAGAGUGAAGGAACCAUGGCUGACACGAGAUGUAGAAUCUCUUGUCAAGAGGAAGAAAGAAGCUUACCUGAGGUUUAGAAAGCAUGGAUCAGACAGGGCUCUGGAGAGUUACAAGGUACCCAGGAGGGAGCUUAAGAAUGGACUUGGGAGAGCUAGAAGGGGGCAUGAGAAGUCCUUGGUGAGUAGGAUCAAGGAAAACCCCAAGGUAUUCUACAUGUAUGUGAAGAAUAGGAGGAUGACUGGAGUGAGGGUAGGACCGAUCAGGGAUAAAAGUGGCAACGUGCCUGGAGUCGGAAGAGCAUUGUGGUCGUCCAUAGGAGACGGAUGCAUUAUAAAUGGAUGCAGAGAGGGACAUGGAAGCCGGUGAGUUCAGGAAAGAAAACAGUGAAAUCCUGGACCAUAUCGAAGUUACAAAGGAGAAGGUGUUGGCAGUCUUGAAGCAUACAAAGGUGGAUAAAUCCCCGAGACCAGGUCUUAGGAUAUUGUGGCAAACAAGGGAGGAGAUUGCUGGGGCCCUGGCAGAGCUUUUUGAAUCUUCAUUAGCCAGAGGUGAGGUACCAGAAGACUGGAGAAUGACCAAUGUGCCUUUAUUGAAGAAGGGCAGCAGGGAAAGGCCAGGAACUACAGGCCAGUGAGUCUUACAUCAGUGAUGGGUAAGUUAGUGCAAGAAAUUCUGAGGGAGAGGACAUACUUGCAUUUGGAAAGACUGAUGGGGAUAAUCAGCACAGCUUUUAUCGUGGGAGAUCAUGUCUCACAAAUUUGAGAUUUUUGAGGAGGUAACAAAGAGGAUUGAUGAGUUCAGGGCAGUGGAUGUUGCCUACAUGGACUUUAGCAAGGUCCUGCAUGGUAGGCUGGUCCAGAAGAUGAGAUGACAUGGGAUCCAGGGUGAGAUAGCAACUAGGAUAUAAACUUGAUUAUAUGAUGGUUACAGAGUUGUACAGCACAGAAACAGGCCCUUUGGCCCACCACAUCCAUGCCGACGUUUUGCCCAUCUACACUCAUACCAUUUGCCCGUAUUAGGACCGUACCCUUCUAUGCCCUGCCUAUAUAGGUGUCUGUCAACAUGCUUCUUAAACACCUGUGACUAGUGGUGUUCCACAGCGAUCCAUACUGGGACCUUUGUCUUUGUGAUAUAUAGAAAUGACCUGGAUGAAAAUGUAGAUGGGUGGGUUGGUAAAUUCAGAGAUGAUAAAAAGAUUGGUGGUGUUGUGGAUAGUGUAGAAGAUUGCCAGAGUAAACAGCAGGAUAUAGAUCAGUUACAGAUAUGGGCAGGGAAAUGGCAAUGGAGUUUAAUCUGGCCAAGUGUGAGAUGUUGCACUUUGGGAGAGCAAAUGUAAAAGGACAGGACACAGUUAAUGGAGACACAGGAAAUUCUGCAGAUGCUGGAAUCUGGAGCAAUACUAAAAAGGUGCUGGAGGAACUCAGCAGGUCAGGCAGCAUCCAUGGAGAGAAAUAAAUGGUCAAUGUUUCGGGCCGAGACCCUUCAUCAGGUCUGGAAAGGAAGAGGGCAGAAGACAGAAUA